AUGACUACAAAAGUGAUAACAGCAGUUGGGGAAACAGAAACCUUUGAAGUUAGUGUUGGAUUACACCAGGGAUCAGCAUUAAGCCCAUUUUUGUUCGUGCUGGUCAUGAAUGUGUUGAGUGAAGAGAUCAGGAAUGAAGAGCUGUGGGAGUUGUUGUAUGCCAAAGAUCUAGUGAUUACUGCUGAAAAUGAGGAGGACCUACACAGAAGUGUUGGAGAGUGGCAGGCGUCUUUAGAGAGGCGUGGCUUAAAGCUAAGAUUAAAAGUGUCGCCUAAGGAUAUUGACGUGUUUGAAGAAAAUGACUGGCAACAGGCACAAGAGGACACCAAACUGUUUGAACAAAAAAAAUAUAUUGUACGGUUCUUGCACCACAGCACAACUGCCAUCAAUUACCUCAUCAUGGGAAAUUUACUCAGUUAUGGUGUGAUUUAUACUGAUGAUGGCCAGACCACUAAGGCGCCCCUGUGA